UAAGAAUGAAUGACAAGGAGUGCGACACUUCAGUGCAGUGUUUAUUUCCUCAGUGUAUAUUUGAUACGGAAAAUAUGUGUAAUUUUUUAGUAUUCUGUUUUCCAUAAAUCGAUUCAAUGGUUUGGUUUAUAGAAAAAACUUACUGGCUAACGACGAGGUCCUUUUAAAGGAGUAAAAAGUUACAAUGAACGGCCAAAACGACGGGAUUGAUUUGUAUGCAGUGCCUUUAAAAUCUCUUGGUUACGAUUUUCGGACAUUAACGUCGUGUUUAUUAAAUUCUAAGAAAAUAUUACCAGCCGACGGUCCCGAUAGAUUGUCCAGAGAUUGGCGUGGAAUAGCUUCACUAAUAAACAUAUCCAAUGAGGUUGUUGAGAGCAUAUAUGGAUUGGCAGACAAAACACAGAAAGUCAUUGACUUGUGGUGUGAGAAACGAGAUGGGACGGCCACACUCGGCAAGCUGAUGGAGUACCUGCAGCUCAUAGACAGAUAUGAUGUCUACGAUGACCUGCAGGAUCUUAUUAGAAGAGGCCGUAUUGUGGUCCCAAAAAACAACAUAGUGGCACUGAAUAGCAACCAACUGGCGGAGAUCGAGGAGCGCGAUCGAGUGAUCACAUUCGACGACCGCCGCGAGGGGUUCGCGCAGCACUACCACGCGUACGUGCUGUUCGCCGAGGAAGACUGGGACUUCGUCAAUGAGCUGCUGACCAGGAUGCGCGAGCAGGGAUUCAAGCUGUGUACGAUACUGGACUUGGACCCCGGCCACGAGACGCCGUACGCACCCGUCGCCCAACUCAUCUCCGAGCGGUGUUACCGUAUAAUCCUAGUUUAUUCGCCGGCGUUUCUCAGCAGUCGUGCCAACUCAUUCUACACAGACUACGCACAAGCUGUUGGCAUUGAAUCCAAACAACGCAACAUAAUCCCAAUAAUCUACCGGCCGUGUCGGCUGCCCGUUAACCUCACAUACUACCACAAGCUGAUUUACCAGCCCGACAAGUGGGCGCCGUACGACUUCUGGGAGAAACUCAGCGAGUCGCUGCGACAAGUGCAAAUACCUAGAGCAAACGGCAUGUGCUCUUCAACGUCGACUCUCGACAUAACGGAAAUGUCGAACACCAUGACCGAAUUCAUGACCAGCUCGCAGCUGAGCGUGAGCACCAGCGACAUGGACACCAACCAUAUCGUCAUCACGCACCCUGAUGAUAGCACCUCCAUCAGCGACUUCAGCAGCGGCGGCAGAGACAAGAAGAAGAAUGGAGUGUUCCGUAAAGUUCGCAAAUUCUUCCGGGGCCCGAAGGACCCAUAGACUUUAUAUUUGCAUUGACUCAUGUAAUCUUCGCUUGUUAACUCUUAUUUGUAUUGAGAAUUAUUUCUUUUUAAUAUGAUGAAGUCUGUGGUGCAGUACAUGUAUAUAGACAGUUGUUGUCACUUUUUUUUUAUGUAAGCGAAAUAGCAAACAAUAUGUUCGACCUGAUGAUAAGCAAUUAAAAAGGAUGGUAAUCCUG